GUGGCAGCACCAUUGUUUUGAAUGCUAUAAAUUCGCUUUGGCUAGAUGUUUGGAUAUGAGUUGGAAUUUCAAAAUUUAGUUGAGGAAUUAUAUAUGAUUUUUUUAUUAAUAUUGUUGACAAAAGCUUAUUGUGUUAUGUGUAUGCUUCACAGGCGUUCUAUACACUAAAUUGUAUGUGUAGGCUGAAGUUAGAUAAUGAUAAUUCAUUUAUAGUAUUAAAUUAUUAUUAAUGAUAAGUUGAGAUGGAUAAAAUUAAAUAAAUAAUACAGUUUAUUUUAACUUUUAUCACUUUAAUAUCUUACGAUAGGGCUUGAUGGAUACUUCAAGUUUAAUUUGAAGUUCAAAGGGCGCUCCUCCAUGUGAUGAAAAUUAUCAAUUGCUGCAGUUAGGAGCUCUUCAACCUUAUUUUUGAUCAAUUAUGGCUUCAGUUGAAUAUGAAAUGAGUGAAAUGGAGGUUUUAGAAAUAAAAGUUGAACCCAUUUUUGAUGAAGAGCAGAAUGCUCUGUUGGAUAUCAAACUGAUGGAAAAUGAAGACAAAACUAUAAUAUCACCCAGUACAACUGUGAAGGCUUUGUCCUUAUGUAAAGGGGCUUCACAUGCUGCCCAUAGGUCUGUUGUAGCAGAAGAGGAACAAGAAAAUAACUGUGGUGAAGUAACAGGAAAAACUGAGAACACUAUAGUCAAAGUGAAAACUGAGCCACCUGGUGAUUUACAAGACGUUGAGGCUGUUUUAGAGUUCAGUGACAGUGAUGAUGAUCUAGAUAGUUCAAAAGAUGAAAUUUUGAGAGUGGAAAUAGAAAAUGAAUUGCAAGAAGAGUUGCAUCAACUUGACUCAGAGUUAGAAUAUACAUUUGUUGACAAGGCAAAUUACAGCAAGCAGGUAAACGAGUACAAAGUUUAUCCAGAGACUUCCAUGAACAACCAUUGUGGAAGACAAUUUCCUGGUUGUAGCAGAACACACAAAACAACUAUAUUGUUCCUCCUCAGUAUGUAUCCUCUGAUGUAUAUUUAG